AAAAAAACCCAAACGAGUGGCAUUAGAGAAAUAUGCCGAAGUAACAUAGGUCUUCUUCCCCACUUCUGAAAACCCCAGGUCCCUCCAGACUCUCUCAAAUCAGCUUUGUGAUUUCUCAACCAGAACAAAAUAGGUUCAACUGAAUGUGACUAGUGAUUAUUGCAGACGUUGAUGGUUGGGAAUUUCACUUUGGUUCUUAGUGGCUUUGGAUCUAGACUUGGCUUAUCUCAAUAAGGAAGCAUGCUUAUACACAACUAAAGCAGUUUGAGCAGCUCAGGUUCUCCAGAUUGGUGAUGGAUUGCAAUAAAGAAGAGGCCAUUAGGGCCAAGGGAAUUGCAGAGAAGAAGAUGCAGAGCAAGGAUUUUGUGGCGGCUCGUAAAAUUGCUAUAAAGGCACAACAACUCUAUCCUGAUCUGGAGAAUAUAUCUCAGAUGCUUAUGGUUUGUGAAGUGCAUUGCUCUGCUGAGCAGAAAUUGUUUGGGAGUGAGAUGGACUGGUAUGGUAUUCUUCAGAUUGAUCAAACAGCGAAUGAGCUAACAAUUAAGAAGCAGUACAGGAAGUUUGCUCUCCAACUUCAUCCUGAUAAAAACAAGUUUGCUGGUGCAGAAGCUGCUUUUAAGCUGAUUGGAGAAGCUCAAAGAGUGCUUCUCGACCGUGACAAACGAAGCAUGCAUGACCUGAAACGCAAGGCUUCUGUGAGAAAACCGACUGUGCCAUAUCGACCCCCGCAGAAGGCAAGUUGGAAUUCGAAUGUUGGAGUUCAAAACAACUUCAGAGGCAACUUUUCAAACAUUAAUCCCCAGAACCAGCAGCAACAGCAGCCCUUUCCACCAGGGUAUUCAGAUUCCCGCUCUACUUUUUGGACUGUUUGCCCAUUUUGUUCAGUUAAGUAUCAGUAUUAUAGAGAAGUUCUUAAUAGAUCUCUUCGUUGUCAAAGUUGCAAUAAGCCCUUUGUUGCAUAUGACACAAAUGUGCCAGGUGCACCACCACCAACUAACUUAAGUCAGCAGGCAUUCCCCCAGCAAAAAGAUGGUACUAACAAAUCUGAAGUGAGAUUUCCAGGGAAUGCUGGAGCUGAUAAUUCCAAAGCUGAAUCUUUCCGAAAGACAGGUCAAAAGGCAGGUAGCUCUUCUGGUGUUCACUUAGUUAGGGUGACGCGUAAAAGAAAGGGUGUAAUAGAAUCCAGUGAAAGCUCUGACUCAGAAAGCAGCAGUGAAUCUGAAGAGGAUAUGGUCAUUGAUGAUGCUGUUCUUCAGGCUGGACUGAAAUCAGGAAUUUAUGGAGAGCAGCAACCACGGAGAUCUUCACGCCAUAAGCAGCAGGUUUCUUAUAAGGAAAAUCUAAGCGAUGAUGAUGGCAUUCCUCCAUCAAAAAGGGAGAAGAGGAGUGGCUCGUCGUGUGCCACUGAAGAGGAGGAUGAAGACGCAUCUAAAGAGGAGGCCUCUAAAAUGAGUAAUCAAUCUGAUUGUGCUACUGGCACUAAAGGAGAUGAGGAAAGGGUGAAACAGAAAGAAAGUGCUUGUUUUGAAGAGUGCUUAACAAAAAGUGUCGGGGAAACCAAGAAGUUUGAGGCUAAAGAAAGGGUGAAGGUAUUUGAUUGUGAGAAAAAUUCUGAGGCUCAUGAGAAUUCUCCACUAGAUAAAAGCUCCCAGGAGGAACAAGAAGCAGACCCCUUUUUCUCAUUUCCUGAUAGUGAGUUCAACGACUUUGAGAAGAUCCGGAAAGAAGAAUGCUUUGAAGUGGGGCAGGUGUGGGCUAUUUAUGAUACUCGAAAUGGGAUGCCAAGAUACUAUGCUAGAAUCAAGAAAGUUCACCUUCCUGGAUUCAAGGUGCAGAUAACGUGGCUAGAGCCAGACCCUGAAGAUGAUAAUGAAAUGAAAUGGGCUGAAGCAGGCUUGCCAUUUUCUUGUGGGAAAUUCAGACAAGGUCACUCUGAAACCAGGAAAGAUCAUCUCAUGUUCUCUCAUACGAUGUCUUGGGAGAAGAUUAAAAGUUAUUACCAGAUAUAUCCAAGAAAGGGGGAGACUUGGGCCAUUUUCAAGAACUGGAGUCUAAACUGGUACUCUGAUCUGGACUCUAAUCCUAAGCCUAAGUUUGAAUAUGAAUUUGUUAAAAUUUUGUCAGACUAUGCUGAGGGUGUUGGAAUAUGGGUUGCACUCUUGGAGAAGGUGAAAGACACUGUGAGUGUUUUCUGUCAAAGACUAAAUGAUGGGAAAGGUAUUUUAAAAGUUCUACCAGGUGAGUUAUUGAGGUUCUCCCACAGAGUUCCGUCCUUUAUGUUGACCGGUGAUGAAGGAGUAGGAGUGCCAUCAGGAUCGUUUGAGCUUGAUCCUGCCUCUUUGCCUUUUGAUAAUGAAGAAGUUCCUGUUUCUAAAGAUCUUAAAACGGAGGCUAGUACUCAUCCUAAUGGGUUUUCUACAUCUCCAGAUACAGUCAAUGAAGAUAGUAAUGCUCGCAAAGUAUCAUCCUCAGAAGGUAUUGAAAUUCCAGAAGCUGAAUUCUACAACUUUGAUGCUGAUAAAUCCCUGGCCACGUUUCAGAUUGGUGAGGUCUGGGCAUUAUAUAGUGAUGAGGAUGGUUUGCCAAAAUACUAUGGUCUGGUCAAGAACAUUGAUUCUCGCCGAUUAAAAUUGCAUAUUGCAUGGCUUGAUUCCAACUCACUGCCAGACAAUGUGAUUCGGUGGCAUGACGAAGAGAUGCCCAUUUGUUGCGGGAGAUUUAGGGUUAAAAGAAGUCCACUCCAGGACUAUGAUUCUUUCAUGUCCUUUUCACAUCGGGUAAAAGCACUUCCUGUUAGUAAGAAUGAAUUUGAAAUAUUUCCUAGGAGAGGUGAGGUUUGGGCAUUGUAUAAGAACUGGGCUGCUGAUAUCUCAUGUUCUGACUUGGAAACCUGCGAGUAUGACAUAGUGGCAGUACAUGCGGAAAAUGAUUUGCAGAGAGAGGUCUUGGUUUUAGAGCGUGUGGAUGGUUACAAUUCAGUUUUCAAGACUCGAGUGAAAGGAAGAUCAGCUGAAAUGAUGACUGUCCCGGAGGUUGAGCUGCUGAGGUUUUCUCACAGCAUUCCUUCAUUCCAGCUAACAGAAGAGAAAGGUGGCAGCCUGAGAGGCUGCUGGGAACUUGAUCCUGCUGCAUUGCCCGUUCGUUUCUUCAGUUAGACUUGAGUUGGCAAUGUGGACUGGUCUUAUGCCUUAUAAUGCACGUUCCCGGAUUCAACCAAUGCCUCUCUAGCUUGGGCCUUUUCCCGGAAUGCUGGUGUGGAAAAUGGAACGAUCUCGGAGAAGAUUCUUUUGUAUUUUAGUGCGACUCAGCCUGCUCAGUUCUGAUAAAUGGACCAGCCCUCUUUUGUGUGUACUCCGACGAAGGUGCAUACGAUUCCAGAUAAUUUUUUGCAGCCCAAGUGUUUUGGUAUUUUGGUCUUGGUGUAGAAAGAGGUCGCUCUGCUGGUUUUAUGUUGCAUAUUCAGAAUUUCUUGUUUAUGUAGACCCUUUAAUUUUUCAUGAACCCUGGCUACCUGGGCUGGACUAAAUGACUGAUGGUGCUGGAAUGUUAACGAACAAUGAAAGAACUGAAACUUUUCUUCUGUAACCAGAACCUUGGUUUUUAAAUUCCUCUGAAAAAUCUCUUUUUCCUAGAUACUA